CAAGUAAUGGUUGGAACAUCGCAAUUGUCGCUUGAAUCACUUAAACCGGCCGCUUAUACGAAUUGAGCGUUGCCGCGACAGCCUGGGCAUAGUCCUCUGUUAUUCCUGGAUGCCCCGCGCUUCCCUGCCAUUUGGUGACUUGAUUAAUCACUUCGUUUGAUAGCCUAUGAAGCGGACAUAACAGGAAAACAAGCUCAACAGGGUUCGCAAAUGUAGUCCAGCUUCUUGCGUUCAAAGUAGAGGCAGCAUACCCAUGAAGGACAGCUCUUGCUGGUAACAUCCUGUUUCGGGCGCUGCGUCACGAGCGAGGCGGGGCGGCAGCGGUGACAGAGUCGACGCAGGCGAGCGCAUCCGUGUAGCUUUGCAGCGGCUCUUUACACCUGUCAUACAACGAAAAUGCGUCGGUCCGGGCGCACGCCGGUUGGGGGCGUCCGAUUCGCUGCGGAUGCGGAGCAGGACGACUCCGGCGCCAUCGCCAUCACCUUGGGCGACGCCGCGGCGGUGGGCGCGCCGCUUGAGCAGCUGCUGGCCGCCGCAGCCGGGGUUGGGGGCUCCAACGGCACGCCGGGCGCUGCUCCCGGCAACGCACCGCGCGUGUCGCCCUCGCGUGGCGCCACGCCGCUGCCCGCUGAGAUCGACGAGCGGGAGGGCGGCGGGGACGGGCGGCGGCGGGGGGGCAGCGGCACGGGCGUGGGUUUGCACAUGGGCGGUCUGCAGCUGCUGCACGACACGCAACAGGACGAGAUGUCGCACGACGAAGGCGGCUAUGGCGGCCACUCCCGCGGCGACUCGGACGCAGACGGGCCGCUGGACGGCGCCGGCGGGGGCAUCAGCGUGGGCGGGGGUUUGGACCAUGUUGACGUGGACGGCGUUCGCACCUCCGCCCGCCGCCAGCCCAUGGGCGACGGCUUCCAUUCGGGGGAUGAGGAGCGGGGGCCGGACGCGGCAGUGCUGGCCACCGGCGGCUCGCACGGCGGCGGCGGCGGCGGCGUGAGCGGUGGCGGGGCCGGCGGCGGCCCGGGCGGCGGCGGCGGCGGCGGGGCCGGGCGGCGGCACCACCGCGCGCUGUCGGGCAAGCCGGGCAAGAGCGGCAAGAGUGGCAAGCAGUCGGUGAUGCGCACCUGGCUGCGCAUCGAGCGCAACGGCGAGACGUCACUGCUGCAGGCCGACAAGUGGCGCAUCACGCACAAGCUGGGCAUCCAGACGCGCGACCUGCGGCUGCUGGACCCCAACCUGUCCACCACCUACCCCUCCGCCAUCCUGUGCCGCGACAAGGCCAUCGUGGUGAACCUGGAGCACCUCAAGGCCAUCAUCACCACAAGCUUCGUGCUGGUGGUCAACCCGGAGGACGAGAAGGUGGUGCGCUUCAUCAACGAGCUCAAGGGCCGCCUCAGCACCGCCACCGCGGGGGGCAUGCCGCAGAGCAGGUCCUUCCAGGCCCUGACGGACGCCGAGCGGCUGAAGCUGGCGCCCGGCCCCUCCACGCUGGGCGUGGACCUGCCCUUCGAGCUCAAGGCGCUGGAGGUGUGCCUGGACGUGAUGGCGGGUCACCUUGACUUCCUGACCCAGGAGCUGGAGGCGUCGGCCUACCCCGCACUGGACUCCCUAGCAAACAAGGUGUCUUCUCCGCACCUGGAGCGGGUGCGGCGCAUCAAGAACAACCUGGUGCGGCUGACCACGCGGGUGGAGACGGUGCGAGAGGUGCUGGAGAAGUUCCUGGACGACGACAGCGACAUGCACGAGAUGAACCUCACCGCCAAGGAGCUGCACGAGAUAGAGGAGCGCCGGCAGCUGGAGCAGGAGAACAACGUGGACGCCCACUCCACGGUGAGCACCACGGGCAGCCGCAGCAGCGGCAGCAGCAGCAGCGCCUCCUCGGACAGCAGCGUGGAGGAGGCGGAGACGGCGGUGGUGGAGAUGUUGCUGGAGACCUACUUCAUGCACGUCGACAACACCUACAACAAGCUGCAGACCCUGCACGAGUACAUUGGCGACACGGAGGACCUGGUGAACAUCAAGCUGGACCAGCACCGCAACCAGCUCAUCACCAUCGACCUCAUCCUCACGGCCUUCACCACCGUGCUGGCCAUGAUGACCGUUGUGGGAGCCUGGUUCGGCAUGAACCUGGACAGCGGGCUGCAGCAGGCGCCGGGCCUGUUCACGCAGGUGGCCCUGGGCUCCUCCAUCAUCGGUGUGGGGCUGCUGAUGCUGUUCGUGUUCUGGCUGUGGCGCGCCAAGCUCAUCAUCUACUAGACUGCUAACCAGUUGGCAAGAGGACCGGGGAAUGCUGGAAGCAGGGCCAGGGUGAUAGGGAGGAAAGGGGGAGAGCAGUGAUGUGUGUCGUAUCUUUGCUUGGCGUAUGGUGGCGUUGUGCGGGUGGGUUGCGCAGGUAGCAGUGGCGGGGGAGUGGCGCAGCGGCGCGCAUUCUUUAUUCUUGUUACCUGUAGUUGCAAUGCGGGUAUGAGGCUCGUGCCUCCGUGGCGUGCAGGGCUGCACGUGUGUAUAGCGCGCCUGCUGGCUUGCGAGUAGGGACGCCAGGCUGCUAGGUGGAAUGACAUGGGAAUCGGUGGUGUGGUUGGGGGAUUUGAUUGGUUGUGAUGGGCAAGCGCAGGCGGCAUCUUGCACGGCGAGCCCAGGCUGUAGCCAGGCAUCGGCACGUGCAAAUGUGCAUCUGAUCGCGUGUGCAGUAAGGGGAAGGAAUGCUGUUGGGGUGGCAAGCGAUGGGACCUGCUGCGGUGGUGUAGUGGUACCCAGGCGUACCCGGUGUGCGUGAGCCCAGGCCACGGGCGGCGGACUGGGUCGAUGCAGCACGUAACCAUGCGUGAGAUAAUCUGCUGUUUGCCAUAUAUAAGUCCUUUGGCGUA